AUGCUAUUCCCUACCCUGCUCCCCCUCCUCGCUCUCCUUCCCAUCACACUCUCCGCCCCCGCCCCCGCCCCGGCCCCUAGUCUGGAGAAACGCUACACCUCAGUCCUCAUCUACUCCUCCCGCCGCCCCUCCCUCUGCCUCUCCACAGACUUCAUCCGUGGUCCCCGGCCCGGCAUCGGCGUCACCCUCGUGGACUGCUCGACCGCGAUUCUGUGGGAUAUCAGUCCCGGGGCGGGUGUGGUCAGAGUGACGGGGAAUGAUCUUGUGCUGGAUGCGAGUUAUAAUCCGGGCAAUGGGGGGUUGUUGACUGUGGAACAGCAACAGCAAGGCAAGAUGUCUCAGAACUGGUACUUGACCGAUGACGCCCGGAUCGCCAUCACCGGCGGGAAUCAGUGCCUUGACGAUAGUGGCUCAGGGCUGCAGACCUGGCAGUGUACCACAGGCAACACGAAUCAGAUCUUCUAUACCCGCGCCCCCACUUCCACUUCCAGCCCCGGCAGCAACAACCCGACCCUCCCGCCCGAUAUCCCAUACAGCACCAUCUAUACCGACCCGGACACGCGCGACAGACUGCACGCUUUGGGCAGGAGCGAUCUCUGCGUAUCGGUGCUCGGCGGACAGGCGCGCGCAGGGGCUGCAGUGGGAGUAACAUACUGUGUCCCCAACUCGGACUCCCGCGUCAGCCUCCAGCUGUUCGAUCUGUACUCUACGUACUCGCGCUCCGGCGGGCGGAUCUACCUCGCCUCGGACCGAAACUACUGCCUCUCCACGCCUGACGGGAAUGGGGGCGGAACGACGCUCCAACGCUGCGAUCAGGCGAGGGACUGGACGUAUAAUGCUCAGAAUCAGAGGUGGUUCGUCUCGGGCACGACUACGUGCCUGGACGUCCGAGCGGAAAGCCGAGCAGGGAACGAAUCCCCCUUGAGCAGCUUCCGGAUCCUCCAGUCUUGGCUGUGCUACGACAACAGCCCGAAUCAAAGCUUCUACGUGCUCCCCAACUAG